GGGCUUGCAGCGAGAGACUGCGGUGCUGGCCCAUUCAUUGCCAUAAGGUCGAUACGGAGCCCAGUACCGGCGCGUCUGCCUUCGUGCGCGGAUGUAUCGUGAUUUAACAUUCAUUCGCGCUGCUGACUGCUACAUCGCCGCGAUCGUUUCGUAUUGACAAUUAGAGCUUUUAUUUAUAAACAAAUAUUGUUUAUCUCUUGUAAAAACGAUUAAUUCGUAAUUAAUCCUUGUUUUACUACGUUAUAUACACUGAAAGAGUUAUGUUUUUGAUUGUAGAGUGAUUUGUUUUGGUUAAUGUUUAUACUGAAAGGUGAAAGCGCACGUGCCGUUUUGAGAAGACAAGGGUUAAAUUAAAAGUAAAUAGAAUGUGAUUGUUUCCCUGACUGGUGAAUUUAAAGAUAUAUUUCUCAAAUGCAAUAAUAUAAUAGUGAUUAUAAUAUAAAACAAUGUAAUAGACAAAGUUGUGAAUGAUUUUGUGAUGGUGAAAAAUUAAAAAAUAUAUCAAAAUGGGUAGAAGAAACGUCAGUGCUUUGAGGUUAGGGCGAUGUGUUGCGUUUUUAGCCGCAGCUGCCUUCCUGUUACCGUUCUCCAUCCUUCUCAUGGUAGCUGAUCAGCAGUACAAUCUGACGUACAACUCCAAACGAGUCUUCUAUCAAGAGAGUGACUUCUAUAAAAUAAACGGAACAUAUUUUCCGCCCACAUUUUUACGGACACAGUACAUGUUCGAAAAUGGAACCCAUGACGAAGGAUUGCUUCAUCGCGAGAAGUUUCUAGAAGUGGGCAACAGGAUGGAGGCCAGAAGAGAUUAUUUACGAAGUGAAUGUUCAAAACACGGUCUCGACAGUUCGAGCCAUAAGGCGUACGCGUGGGAAUAUCUCAUCAACCGGCAGUACCAUGUGAUAUGGUGCAACAUCUUCAAAGCCGCGUCAACAUCUUGGAUGUACAACUUUAAUUUAAUGGCAAACUAUACAGCUACCUUCCUCGAUAAAACAAAGGAAGUUCCACUUGAAUUAGCCAGGAAGAAAUACGCAAGGCCUACAGUUGAAAUGAUAAGGAAGGCCCAAGGGGAUUCCAUUACAUUCUUGAUCGUGAGACACCCCCUUGAGAGGUUGGCGUCAGCCUACAACGACAAAAUCGUACAUGCCUGGCCUAAGUCAUUCCACGACCAGAUGGGACGUAGAAUAAUUAAAAAAUAUAGAAAAUCAAGCGUCAAACCCGUACCAACGGAAAGGUAUCCCGUCUUCGAAGAGUUCGUUUCUUAUGUGCUGGAUGAAGCGAAGGUGAAGAGAACGUUGGACAUGCACUGGACGCCGUACACCGACUUCUGCACACCUUGCAAGUUUAAUUUCGAUGUCAUUCUCAAAUUCGAAACAUUAGAUGAAGACCAAAGGUUCCUCAUCCAAAUGGCUCGUCUCCAAGAGAUUAUCAAACCUGAAUGGCGCAAUAGCGGCAAGGGAACCAACACAUUGCACAAUAUAAACCAUUUGUAUUCACGCCUCAAAAAAUCACAACUGGAUGGUCUUUAUAAUCUGUACAAAUACGACUUCCAAUUAUUCAACUAUACCAUAGACAACUACUAUGAAAUAAUAAAAAUAGACGAUGACAGUAACCAUGGAUGAGCGCCAAAGACAUCAACAUAAAUUGAAUGCUUUAUUUUAUCGCUACAUUAGCGCGACAAGAUGAUUGAUGGAGAAAAAAAUAUCGGAAAGACUGAUUGUAGAGGGAAAUAGUAUAAAGGCCAAUUUAUUGAUCCAUUGCUACCAAUUUAUUUGCGUAAGAUUUAUACUUUAUUUAGUAAGGUAAUGAAAACAUUACGUUUUGAUUUUUGUUGUAAUAUAUAAAAUUGUCUUAUUUGAGUUUAAAAAAUUAAAUAAUUGUUAUUUUCUAUUAAAUUCAUAAUAUUCUUAAAAUUUAUAUAGAUUAAUAUAUUUCUGUUUUAAUUAAUUAAAUAUUUUAGCCACGCGACUCUACUUUGUGAUAUCCUGUUAGCAAAUCCGGUUUUCUUAUAUAAACCAAUAAUAGAUUCAGUUAUCCAUCACUGAAAAUCACAGUU